GUCUCCACGAAGACCGACUUUUGGACGUAGUCAAGCAUUGACAUUUGUAACUACCUAACGGUUAUUACAUUCAGUUGAUCUUUUUCUCAUCUCCUGGUCUUUUCAAUUGAAGUCCAACAACAAGUUCUCUUCACAAUGGCGCCAGCCCUCACCUCCUCUGCGCCCACGGCUCCCCACGAGCUCGCCAGCAACCUCGAAAACAACACAGCCCCCAAAUCCAUCUUCCCCGACGGUAUCCGCACAUCAGGGCAACACGAGCCUAUCUAUGAUCUUGUCCGCCCUUACUCAGAUUUCCCCAAGGAAAUCAAAGGCGCAACCGCGUGGGCAAAAGAAGAGUAUGAAAACAACGCCGAACGCUGGACACACGUCUUUUCCGAAAACGAGAUCAAGGAGAUUAGCGAUGCGGCAGACGCUUUCGUCGCCUCCGGCACGCCCUUGACGGGUAUCUCAAAGGAGAAGUUCCAGCUCCCUGAGUUUUCCCGCUUUCUCGAGCCCCUCCGCAAAGAGCUCAUCGACGGCAAAGGCUUCAUUCUGUUCAAGGGCCUCCCAGUGCAGAAAUGGGGCAAUUCUAAAUCUGCCGUUGCGUACAUGGGUCUAGGCACAUACCUGGGAUACUUUGUCUCGCAGAACAGCCGCGGCCAUGUGCUCGGGCACGUCAAAGAUCUCGGCGAAGACGCUACGCAGAUUGAUAAAGUGCGCAUCUACAGGACCAACGCACGGCAGUUCUUCCACGCCGACGAUUCCGAUUUGGUCGGCUUGUUGUGCGUAGCCAAGGCGUUGGAGGGUGGGGAGAGCGACUUGGUGAGCAGCCACUCGGUGUGGAAUGAUUUACAGGUGAAUCAUCCCGACGUGGCUGAAUUAUUAACGAAGCCCAUUUGGUACUUUGAUCGCAAGGGAGAGGUAAGUAAGGGCCAGCAGGGUUGGAUGAGGACGGCAGUAUUCUACCUCGAGACGGGCGAUAACCCAAGAGUCUACUCCAAGUGGGAUCCCUACUUUGUUCGUUCCCUAACUCGAUUCUCUGACGCCGGCCUGAUCCCAGCUCUUUCAGAGGAGCAGAACCGGGCCGCCCUGAUUCUGGAGGAAACUUGUCUCAAGCUCGCUCUACACAUGAUCCUCGAUAUCGGCGAUAUCCAGUUCUUGUCCAACAACCAUAUCUUCCAUGCUCGGACAGCGUACAAAGACUUCCCACCGCCAGCGCCGAGGAGGCAGCUCAUGAGGCUGUGGCUCAGCACACCAGAGGAAGAGGGUGGGUGGAAGUUGCCAUUCCAUGAUAGUAGGGAGAAGAAGAGGGGCGGUAUUCAGGUCGAUGAUACAGCGCCUGUUGCGCCUGAAGAUGCAGAGUAGAAACGGUGGGACGAUGUUAGUGGCUGAUGCCUGAUCUGUACUUAAAAUUAGAAAUAUUCCAUAACCCAAACUUGAAGCCUUGGUCUCUGUUCUCAC